GAUUCACGUGGAGCCAAAAUCUUAGGCGUCUGAUUUUGUUGUCUUCAACUUUCGACCAUAUCAAACUAAUAAUGCAGCUUUAACCUUCCAUUAAGUUUUCAAUUGAUAGAGUUGGAAAGAGGAAAUCAAGAGAAAGCAAAAUGACAACUCUGGGAAAUCCAAUAAUCAUUCUCUCGAGCUUUUUCUGUCUGUGCCUGCUCAUCGUUCUCUUCAGGUUCCUACACAGGUUCUGGUGGACUCCAUUUUACAUACAAUAUCUACUAGGUUCGCAAGGAAUUAAAGGCCCUUCUUACAACUUCAUCCAUGGAAACGCCAAAGACAUCUUGAAAAUGAGAAACGAAGCCUUAAGCAAACCCAUGGCUUUAUCACAUGAUAUAUUUCCCAGGGUGCAGCCUCAGGCUUAUUCAUGGAUCAACAAAUAUGGGAAGAAUUAUCUUAAUUGGAAUGGUGCUCAACCUCAACUAGUGAUUACAGAAACAGCGCUAAUCAAAGAGGUACUGAAUAACAGAGAUAGAGCAUACCCCAAAGUGGGGCUCCCUUUCUAUGUCAUGAAGCUAAUGGGAGAUGGACUAGCUACAUCUGAAGGUGAAAAGUGGGCAAAGCACCGGAAAUUGCUAAACUAUGUUUUUCAAGGGGAAAGCCUUAAAAAUAUGAUUCCGGAAAUGAUAGUCAGUGUUGAAAAGAUGCUGGAAACAUGGAAACAUCACGAGGGGAAAGAGAUUGAGGUGUUCGACGAAUUUAGGUUAUUGACGUCGGAAGUGAUAUCAAGGACAGCCUUCGGGAGCAGUUACUUAGAAGGGAAGAACAUUUUCGAUAUGUUGAUUAAUUAUUCUGUGAUUUCACGAAGGAAUGCUUUUAAAGUAAGAUUUCCAGGCAUCAGUAAAAUCUGGAAAACAGCCGAUGAGAUAGAAGCAGAUAAGCUUCUGAGAGUGAUGCACAACUCAGUGAUGGAGAUUAUCAAGAGUAGAGAAGAAAAAAUGAAAAAUGGAGAUAUAGACAGCUUCGGUACUGAUUUUCUUGGAUUACUUUUAAAUGCUUAUCAUGAUGUCAAUGAGAACAAAAGGCUCCAUGUGGAAGAUUUGAUUGAUGAGUGCAAGACAUUUUAUAUUGCUGGACAAGAAACAAGUAAUUCAUUGCUUUCAUGGACUGUCUUGCUUCUAGCGAUCCAUACAGAUUGGCAAGAGAAAGCAAGAGCAGAAGUGAUUGAGUUCUUUGGCGACCAAAAUCCACAUCCUGAUGGCUUAUCUAAACUAAAAACAAUGACCAUGAUCAUCAACGAGGCCUUAAGACUGUAUCCUCCUGCAAUUGGCUUUAUAAGGAAAUGUGAAAGAGAAGUUAGAUUGGGGAAACUCAUUCUCCCUGCCAAUCUGAACUUGUUCAUUACGAAUUUGGCAGUUCAUCAUGAUCAUCAAAUCUGGGGAGACGAUUCUCAUGUGUUCAAUCCGGAGAGGUUUUCAGAAGGGGUGGCUAAAGCUACAAACAACAACGUGGCUACCUAUUUUCCCUUCGGAAUUGGGCCUCGAACUUGCGUGGGUUUCAACUUUGCAACGGUGGGAACAAAGGUUGCACUCGCCAUGAUUCUGCAACACCACACCUUCACCCUCUCCCCAGCUUAUGUUCACUCACCGGUUUUCCAUUUUACACUCGUGCCUCAACAUGGAAUUCAGGUGAUCCUCCACUCUUUGCAGAGUUAGGAGGGCCCGAAGUGUUUAAAUAAGACUAUAGGACCCGAAUACAUGGCAUGGCAUGUAAAAUUUACAAUAAGAAAAGGUUUUAGAUGUAUUGCGGUAUAUAUUUUGGCAAUAGAGGUAUUUGGGUCUA